AUGGCGUACCUCACAGUGCCCUACAAUGACUCUAUGCAAUUAGGUCAAGGAUUCAACUCCUUAACGCAUGAGAUCCACGAUGAGAACGUCGUUUCCAUUGAACGCAUCCACGCAGACGCCACCUUGACCCACACACAAGCUUCCGAAAGCUAUUGGCUAGGCGCUGAAGGUGACGCAUACGAAUGCGCUUCCGAAGCGAGUGCGUUCACGAACGCUACACCAACUUCGUCGCAGUGGGAUGGGGCAAAGGCCUUGCCGAGCGUCACUGGUAACGACAGUGGAUUUGUUUCGGUCGCCGGACAAGACCGCAAAUCUCCCAUCGUGACUUUCACUUCUCGCUCAGUUGACUGCCUAAGUGAAGUCACCACUGAGAUGAACAUAUCCGCAGCUGUUCCCAUUAUCCACCAGAGUCGUAAUGGGUCAGGUGCCGGCCUUCCUUUUGAUGUCCGUCAUUUCUAUGAAGCCGAUCUCAACUACUAUCUUGGCGUCCGGGUGGUGACUCGUCAGGACCGCCCUGCUGCUGCAUUCUCAAUUUCUCAGGGCAUCCUUAACUCUGGCGAUCUUGACGGAAGACUUGGUGAUUGCUUCAUCUCAGGUUUUCUGGAGGGAGGACAACUCAAUGCCCUCAUUUCAGUGAAGUUGGUUGACAAGAAGAAAAGCGCAGAGGUCUCAGCGGGUCUUGAUGCCAUCCUCCAAGUCAGCAAUGGAAAGUUCAGGUCGUUUACAGGCACGGUUGACACUGCGAUGCGCACGGUGAUGGAACACUCUAAGAUAACGGUGGAUUAUUCGAAUGUUGGUGGAGGUACGAUCACCUUUGAUGAUCAAUCCUCUGUUCUACAUUCGCUUCGCGACGUGUCAAGCAACUUCCCGGACCUGGCCGCCGAUCAACCGGAGAGGAUUUUCGCCAUCCUCACGAAGUAUGACAGUCUUGGCGGCUCACAGGCACCCAUUCCUACAAUCUCCUACGAUCAUUGCACUUUCUUUGCCAACAUGCUUCUUGAUUCCUUCAUGGAAUACAAAAGCAUUGAGCGGAGGCUCUCAGCACAGAUUGCGCAGAUCAAAUCCGGAACCAUGCAAUUCCAGCAGGGAGAUGACCGUAAGCGGAGGUUUGAUGCUUCAUGGAGAGGAAUUACCAGAGCAAAGCGAGAGUGUACAAAUCAGAUGCUCAAAAUCCUGAAGGAGGUGGGUGAAAUGAAGAAGUAUCCGGACAUUGCCACGGACGACACCCGGGAUGAGCAGUUUGAAGACCCCUUGGUCUUUAACGAGUACCUGCCGCAGAUCGUUCCUACAGCCCAAGUGGUUUCCGAUGACGACUCUCACGACCCACAAGCGCAGCUCUACCAUGGUAACGACGAUGAGCUAUUUCAGGCGGAGCGUGUAAAGGUGAAGGAGAUCAACGCAGAACAUCCAGAAUUCGCAUCGCAGCUUCGCAUGGCCACUCCAUGCGGCUCAGAAGAUGCUGGAGAGAUUUUCUGCAGCUUAGACUAUCUCAAGCCCGACUGGACGCUUGCCGAGGUCAGCGCGUACGUGGCGAGAGGCGUGGUCUCUGCCCUCAGCCUCAAAUACACAAACGGACUCGUGACAAUCUUCGGAGCGGUCGGUCGCAAAUACAAGCUGUUCAACCUCAAACUGGACUUGUCUGCCAAAGAACAUGUUGUGGGUUGUUCAAUUGAGACAGGACAGCCAGCCGUUGAGAAACUCGGGGUUUGUGUCACCGCAUUUCGCCUCUCGACAAACCGAGGCUCUGCCCUCAUCGCACAGGCACACGAUUGGAAAGAGGCGACUGAAGGGGGCAAUGGGAACUCUCCGCGCGAUGGCAUUUCUUUCCAAAAUCUGAAGAUGACCCAUUACGACCCUUUGCUCGGAAGCGGGUACAUCCAAGGUUUCUGGGGCCGAGCUUCGUUGGGUAGGACGGCCGAGCGGGGAUUCCUGCGACUUGCUCCCAUCUGGGGCAAUGCUACGCCCCCUGCCACGCUGAGCGGCAUGAAGAUGGAUGAUGCUUUGGAAGGUGAUGAGGUAUUCGAGCUACCUCCAAGUGGUUUGUGGGACACGUGGACGAUCCAUGACUGGGAAUCCCCAGUUUCCCGCACCUCAGCCAUUUUGCCUUACGAGAAUACUUGUCCCGAAAAGCCACUUCCGAUGAUUCUGACUGGUUUCCGGAAAAUGGAUACCUGGAGUGGGGCCAAUCUACGCUUUUCAGCUACCGUCGACUAUGUCACCGAGAGCGAGUUCAGUAUUGGAGUGGAUCAAUGGUCCAGCUCUGUGUUUUUCGGUGGUGAGUUUUCUUGGGUCGGCGUGCGUCCAGACGCAUCCGGUAUCCAAGGUGGGAUACUCGAGGCCCACGGUCCGGUCUACAGGGACAUCAAGUUUGCGCGGUCGUUCACGAAGCCAGUGCAGAUGCUGACCUGGAUAUCUGGACUCGAUCUGGACAUCGAAUACGGUAAGAGAGUGGAUAUCUCAGCAACUGAUAUCAGUGGAAUUGGAUUUAAACUGAACGUUGCGUCCGCAAGCUCGGCUCUUGUCCAGGCAUCCAUUUCUUGGAUUGCAAUAGAGCGGGACUCUGGUUGUGCUAUGGGUAGCUACUGCUGCUCUGUCGGUCCGGAUAGUCAUGAAGGUGGAGAUGGAUGGUGCAGCUUCCCCGAAGGCAAGUUUUCGAAACCACCCAAGGUUCUUAUUGGCUUCAGUUCAUUCGACAUCAGUGGAUCUUCGUGGAACCCCCGAUUCGGUACUCGCCUCUGGGAUGUUACCAAGGAUGGGUUCAAUUGGAGUGUGUACACAUGGGACGAAAGCGCGAUAUCUUGUGCGACGGUGCAGUGGAUUGCAAUCCCUGCAGAGUAG